GCGUCCGCUCGUGUGGCCCGCUCGCGUAUCGCUCCCGCAAGCCAGGACCAAAACGCGUAACGUGUGUGGCGACGCUUCUUGUAAAUAUUGAAUCAAAUGUGUACGUCGAUUGUACAAAGCAUUUCCAGCGCGUAUCGGUGCGGAAAAUGUGUGUGCUGUUGAGUGCGGUGCUAGUGCCAUUGCUGAGCGGCGGGGCGGCCGCAGCCAGGACGUCUCAGGAUAUCGGCAUCGACAAGUCCUCAGGAGAUCCAAGAGGUAACUUCUAAUAAACAAGAUGGCCACGUCUCCCCGUGGGGGUAAAGCACCGGCAACUGGUCUGUCUAGUCGGAUACAUGGUGGAGUCAUUGCACCUGGUUUGACUAAACCGGGUACUUCACACCGAAGGCAAAAACGUAUGGGACCCGCACCGUUUGCUUCCUUUGAAGACUUAUCCGAUGAGUUGGAUAGUCCUGAAGAUAAAAAUGCAGCCAACGUUGUUCGCCUGCCUGGAAUUAGGGAAGAUGCCACCCCAUGCUCACCUGCCCCCAGUACAGGUGCUGGAGAAAUACGUGCUGAGUUUAUUUACACCGGGAUAAGUCUAAUUGGAGCACCAUCAACGCCUACGGUGGCUGGUCGCACGCCGACUAGUCCAACGACCGGUGAGCCCGCCAAGAAUACCCUCACCCCCCGCAUAGAUAUCUCCCGAGCGAGUAGCAGUUCACAUCACGACAGCAAAGAAAGCACCCCUGAUAAGGAAGUUGUCCGAAUCGGGCUGGAAGAGGGCGCCGUCGAUCUGCGCUCGUCGACAGAGGAGAUUGAGUUCGCCGGCGCCGCCGAUCCGAGUAAGACCCAGCCUAAAACACCUCACAGGCAACCGCCACCGGUUGCACCACCAUCACAACCACCGCCACCGCCACCACCGCGCGUCCAUUCACCCCACCACGACCAUCAACUGCACGAAGAGUCCUAUCACAGUCAUAAUCGCAAAGACUCGCAGAGCUCCGAAUUGGGUCUGUUAUGUAUAUCGGGACGCACGUCACGCCUGAGCAGCAUCGGGUCACAGGGGUCAGCGCACAGUCGCGUAUCGAACGCGAGUCAUUUGUCUGUCGUUUCAGGCACAUCGCGUUCACCUUCACCGCACAAGAUGCUGCUGGAGACAUCGUUCUGCGGUACAAAACCUAAACGGGGUCAAUUAAGCAUUGACUUGUUUGAGGGUAAGGACCAGGACGAAGGGACCAAAGAGCUGGAGCGCGCGUUACUACAACGAGUACACGAUCCCACGCAGGCGCUCAUUGCUGAAGGAGUUGAUAUCACACCACAAUCACCCAAGUCCGUUUCACGGUCGCCAAUCGUGCACGAACCGGAGGUGAUUAUCCGGAAAGUGCCAAUCGUGCUCUCCCCGCCUCAAAAAGCGGCUUCGCCGGUGAGUACCGCCGACGCGCAAGCGAAAGCGAUUCCAAAAUCCAAAGCUUUAAGUAGACCUCUAGAUAAGGUUACAAUUAAAAUUGACAAGGCCGCGUCCGUGGAGGAUGCUACCGAUGACGUGCAGCGUCCCAAGUUACCCAAACACAUCGUGUCCGAAUCGGGCACGGAGUUCAUAUACAUCCCGCUCAAGGGUCCGCUCCCUGAUGACCCGCCUGGCUAUAAGGAAAGUUCCUCUGCGCAUGCUACAAAUGGUGUGCACAGUAAAGUACGGGAAACCAAGUCCGCCAGUGGAGUCAGCUCCAAAGAAGGGAAGGAGCGCGAAAAACGUAAGUCCAAAUCUGCGUCACCAUCGCCGGCGAUGCCUAGACAUUAUCAGUCAGCCGGGCCUUCUCACGCGCACAGGGGCUCGGCCGACGAGCCCAAAUACAUCCGCAUUCGACUUAAACCCGAACACCUUUAUGAUGAUUUCGAUCCCAAUGCUCAGAAAUCGAGUUCACAAGCAGCAGACGUGCACAAACCUGAAUCCCUUAACCUGCAGAGCAAAUUUGAUGAGAUUACGGUAUCCCCCGGCCAAUCACAGCAGGCCUCCACUACGAAAUCGCGAUAUCUCACGCACGAAUCACCCAAACAUAAGUCCCCAUCGCCGUCGCUGUCGCGCAAAUCCUCUUUCGCGUCGCUGUUCAAAAGUCGCGAGACGAUAAGUCCGGACUCGCCAACGCCCGCGGGACGCAAACCACGUUCCAAGGAAACGCCCAAUCGACGGAGUCGGUCCAAGAGCAGAGAUCGUGGCGGAGGUGGAGGUCGUUCCAGCACUGAAAGUAUCGACAGCAAAGGCAAAUCAAUGUUUUCACUCUUCUCGAAGCCGCGCAAGGCGUCCAGCCGCCAGAGUUUGGACCGCUCACCCGGCCCAGAUUUACCCAAUCUGGAAAACCUAGCUCAAAACAUUCAAAACACCUCAAAGAGUAAAAGAACUCAUUACGAGUCACCGCUGCAAGGCGAGAGCGUUCGCAUUCCGCUACAUUCGCCAACCUAUUACGAAUCGAAAAGUUUCUUCGAAAGUUUCAAGACUUCAAGCCAAGACAGCCAGGAGACUGUAAUCGAGGUGAAGACAAACGCAAAGCGUAAGGACGAGCAAGACGAAGGUAUAAGCGCGAGUGUGACAAGCGGGACCAUCCGCCAAAGCAGCACGAGCAGCGAAAACAUUGUGUUCAGCACCAAGUUAGGCAGCAAUAAUGACAUCUUUUCCACAAAGCUGCCCAAACAUCAGGAGAUCAUCGAAACGACGACUGCCAUUGUGGAGUAUGUAAAAGAACGAGUGACUUCGGAUGAUGAGGAUUUUCUUUCUCGACGCAUUAGACUAACAUCCGUUGAAAAAGCAAAGGAAAAAGUUGAAACUCCACAAGCGAUUGAGGUGCCUAACGAGGUCAAGGACAAUGUAGAACAAGUAGUGGACGUAAAAGAACGAAGGAUGAGCUCAUCGGCCAGCGGCGAUUCCCGUAAAUUCCGGCUUGAAAAAUCAAAGCGCAUCGAAUCCAACGAGCAAUUACCGGUAGUUACUUCCACAGUGAGCAUAAUCAGCCUAUCUCAAUCGACCAGCAGCAGUUCGUAUAUACCGAAAAGCGAGAGCCGAAGUCGGAUCGAACUUGAUCACAAACACCAAGAUGAAGCUGAACCUGUUGCAUCCGGCGAGAUUUCCCCGGUGUCGAUUAGAACCUCUGUCUCAAGAGAUUCCUCGCGCGAGAAACCAUUCUUGCAGCAACAGAGCUCCGAGGAUAUUCCUAUAAUUGCCAAAGAGAAGCUCAAAUUAGCUGAACUGAAGAAAUCGGAAGAGCAUUACUCGUCCGAGUCGGAGCGAGAAACCGACUUCGAACGACGUGAAAAGCCGCGACAGGAAGAACCGCUCCAGGAAAUGGAACCGGAAAGAAAAGGCUUAGUUUUACAACAGGAUUCAUUUGAAGAUGAGUUACCUUAUAUACCGACAACACUGCCACAAGAGCGCUCAAUGGCGGUUCCCAUCAUACCCGUAAAGCAGCGCUCCAGUAUCGACGUCAAAACAUGCACUAUUGAACGUCCACGAAGCACCACACCGAUCAAACCCACUUUAGAAGUCUAUCGGGAUACUGACAAAUCGACCCGCAUCAGCAAAGUGGAGAAGUUGAAAAUCUCUCUCCCCAAACAGGAUGAAGCACAGCCCAAAGUCAAAUCCCCACGAAGAAAGAUCUCAGACGAUGGAGGAACAUUCAGUGCUCCGGUAUCAAGUAAACCAGAUUGGUUUGACUUUAGUAAAGCAGAUCACGCAUCGACAUCAGUAACCAAUCAAGAGGAACAACCUCCACCACUGCCACCCAAAGGAAUGCAUAAAGAAUGGAUCAACUUUGAAGAAAUCCCUGAAAAACGCAAAGCUCCAAAACGUAUACAAACAAUACCAAGUCGAGGAAAUAUUGAAAUCCCUGAAAAUUUAGUACAAGCACAAGAAAACGUCAUUUACACAUAUGUCAACCCUGAGGAUUGCAAGUGCGAGUGUCACGAGAGACCAUUGAGGCAACCACCCCCACCACCAGCACCACCGCCUAAAUAUGGACAGAAACGAGAGGUGCGUGAACACGCGGAACAUUGUAGACAACAUCGUGAAGGUGUCAACGACGAGGACGAGGAAGAUGAUGACCUGCGUGAGGAUGAGAUGCCUCUGUUGGACGACGACGACGAUGAACGAGAAAGAGAGAAAGAUCGAGACAGACUGAAGCCGGAUAGCCGCAGCGUCAUUAGCGACUCCUCGGUGGACCUCAGCACGGCGUCGCACGCGCACGCAGAAACUGCAAACGGCACGGCCCGCACCGGCGUCGGCACACUCCAGACGCCAUUCACGUCUGACCUGGGCGUCUCGUCCGGCAACAGCAACAGAUCCAGCAUCAUAUCGCAGGUGACUACCACUACUACCACUACUGCUAAGAGUGCAACCUGUAAGAAGCCCUCUGCGGGUGGCAAGCGCUCCGGCAGGAAAUGAAGACGUUUACAAGAUUGUCCUGCAACCUGCAACCAUCCCCUUUUUCUGUAUGAACCUCAGUAUCAGAUCGAUCCGGUGUUUGGCUAAUCUAAUCGAUUUAUCGAUGUCGUGAUGUCGUUAAUUGCCUGUUGAAUUCUCAGUUUGCUUGUUUCCUUGUUUGAUUGGUUUAUUGGUACCCACUGAAAGCGAGUGUUGACUAAUGAAAUUUCGUUAUCUCUUCUAAAUCAGGACGAGCAGACGCGAACGCCGGAUUAAAAGGGGGCAGUAGUGUAGUCCCCGACAUGCGCACGGGGGUGUCUAACUCAGCCAAAAAAUGCCUUUUCCUCUAAUUGUAUAAGGGUCACAUCAACAUCCGAGCGUACACAAACAUCAACACCACCAAAAUCAACCGAGCGACAUUGCAAAUAACUCAUUCGGCGACCAUCACUCACGAACAUUUCUUCGUCGGCAUCAAGAGACCGGAACAAAAUCUCAUAACGUGGGUGUUACACACGUAUCAAAUGCCAUAAUGACAUCGCAAUGUCACCACACAAAUAUACCCACCUACGGAUUGAAUAAAUAAGUGAUUCGAGUAUUCUGCAACAUUGUAAACAUUGUACAAAAAUCAAUGCGAAGCAUUUGCGUAAGAAAUAAUCGAAUUUCUAUGUCGGAAAUCGACGCCAAACUAAACUCCACUGUGUAACGCGUUUAAUUAAGUUUCGUUAUCAGAAGUUAUAGCGCUGUGGUGCAGCGACUUGCGACUUGUUUCACAAAGUAAUGAUGUAAGCUCGCACCUAAUUGUAAUGAAAUACGAAAACGAAAAGACAAAGCAAUCAAUUAAAUGCGAUACUAUUUUUAGCCGACGAUAGCUUGGUGUGUGUCGAAUGUGAACGCUGGCGAUAGUUAAAAUGAAAUUGUACGUUUUUUGAUUCAUCAUUUACCAAUACAUGUAAAUUGACCACCAUACUAUAUCAGAGUGAUGUAUUCAUUUUGGAUAAUGGUGAAAAUCACAGUCACAAUCAAAUUUUAUUGCAUUAAGUGUUACAAAAAUUUGCAAAAAUUCAGAUCUUUGGCAAGAUGAGUGAAAAGAAUUAUGAAAUUGUUAAAUAUAUAUGAUCUAUCCAUCCAACGACAGACAAUAUACUUUAAUUAACCGCAUUUGGCUUGUUUUUCGUGAUUUUUUAAAACUUUGGGUAAAAUAUUUUGUAAAUUGAAGAAUAUGCCAUCCAUUCAGACAAUAUUAUCUUCCUUAAGUAACUUUACACUUGAAUUAACAUAAAAUUUUGUUGUGACUGGAUUGAAACAAACAAAAACGUAGACAUUGUCGCAAUUUUCAUGAAAUUGUAAUUCGAAGUAAAUUGUGUUUUACACUUUUGACUAAAUUUCAAUAGUCGAUUGUCAGCCAAUAAGAUAAACGUAAAAUGAUAAAUGAUAAAACCUAAAAACAAGUAGAAAACGUUUAUCAGUGAAAUAAUAUCUAUUUAAUAUUUCGAUGGCAAGUAAAAUUUAAAUUAAAAAAAAAAA